CGGACUAGCCACGGCGCAAUUGGCUGGCAGCUUCUCCAGGCCCGUCUCGACAACACAUCGCCACAUUCGACGCUGCUGACGAUUUGUCAGAUGCGGCUGCGCGACUAGCCCGCUCCCACUUCUGCGACGAGCAUUCAGUAUACGACACAGCAAGGCUCCUGCAAGAAUUGCGCUUUCCAUGGUCUUCUCGCCACACCAACACAAACCAUUCCUUGUUUCGACUCCAUGGCAACUGCGAUGGACGACUUCAUAGAAAGCCCCGGGGCGGACAGCGAGGAUGUCUUUCCUUGCAAAGGCUGCGGCGAGAUUCUCGAGGAAGGCAAAGCAUUCGAACUGGGUAUGUAGUUCACGAUCGGAAACUCCCGAAGCUGGUGGUGCCAUGCACUGGCAGCACUCGCGGUCCAGACUGCGCUCCAAAUGUGCUCGCAAUAUCAUGUGGCAGGGCAGGACUAACCCGUGGCUUAUAGCGGGCAACCGAUGGCAUCUCAACUGCUUCCGUUGUAACACGUGUGGAACGCUUCUCGAUUCGGACGCAAACCUGCUCCUGCUUGGGGACGGCUCCCUUAUUUGCAACAACUGUACAUAUAGCUGCAGUGCCUGCGGUGACAAGAUCGAGGACCUUGCCAUCUUAACCGGUGACCAGGCCUUUUGCGCAACGUGUUUCCGAUGCCGAAACUGCAAGCGAAAAAUAGAGAAUCUGCGAUAUGCACGCACCUCACAGGGUAUCUUCUGCAUGAGCUGUCACGAAUCACUCAUGGCGCGACGGCGAAAGAAAUCAAAAGCAGCCGCUCAGGCAAAGGCAGCGCGAGAUAAAGAAAGCUCACCGAUGGUGCAGGAGAAGUCGUUACCGGCACUCCCGCCAAAUGCCAUCCCACCCAAUGCCUUCUCCGACGAUCGCGUUGAUCCAGAGUCUGACAUGCCAACGACGCUGUCCCCACGGCCGAAGCCUUCAUACCAGACAACCGAACCCUCAUCAAGAGGCAGCUCGCGGCCUCCAAGAUCACCGGAUCGGCCGUCGAUGGACGCGGGCCUGAACAUUCCGCCUGCCUCGUAUCGAAAGAACCGGAAUUCGUCCAUUUUUACGGGCAGCGAUACUCAGAGCGCUCAUAACCACAACGUCAAUGCUGACGAUGGAUCAUUUUUCAUUCCAGUCGCCCUCGAUCCUAGUCCUGCACCAUCGGUCACCCCAAGAUCGACCACUGAUGCUUUCCCGAAGAGCAAAGAAAAGGACUACUUCAGCAUGUCAAAGUCAAACGGUGGCACUGAUCGCAAAGGCGAGUCGCAAUCGAGCACACCGCAUAUUGCGUUCCAGGAGAAACCACGCAGGCCCUCGUCCGAGUACGAGGCAUCGCCAGUCAAGGAAGAGCCAAGGAAGGCACCAAAGCAAACAAGGAGCGAAAGCCAACCGUCAGUCUCGACGACUGGGCAGGCUCAGAAUAAUGGAGGAUCCACCGACAAUUUCAAGUUGCAAGACGCCCCAAAGAGCAAGAAAACGGCAACCAGCCGUAGCGAGUCAAGCCCGAAUGUCUUGCAAGAUGCCGCGGGUAACAAGGCGGCUGCGCUGGCAGAUCGGAAAGAUCGAGACAAUCAAGGACUUGCAGACUCCCCGCAUAUUGGUGCGCAACUUGCAGACAGACAGACCGCUCCACGAAGCUCACAUGAUUCUCGGCCACGCGAUGAAGCGGAAAACCGAUCCACAACCACUUCAAGCACUGCCGCGAACGGUUCGCAACGGCCAAUUGCCAGGAAAGAGAUUGCUACGACGAACUCAUCCCGGAAUGUGAACGGUACAGCCGCCAAGCAAACAAAGUCGGAAGAUACAACAUCGCCGCCUCGCAAUCAGGUCAACCAAUACAUGACACCGAGAGCACCUCCUGCACCUCCCAACCAAGCAGGCGAUGCCACAGAGCCCAAGACAUCCCCUAAACUGCCUAGGUGGAGCUCAGGCGGCGACUUCAGCAUGGACGAAGAUAUGGCUCGUAUACUGGGCACCGAUGAAGGCUCGUCGUCGAUACUGCGCCGUGUGUCGAAUGCUGUUCGUCAUGGCCGAACUAGUAGCACUGAGUCUGCCAUGCAACAGCCGCCACGGGUCUCUGCGCAUACUCGCAGCAUAAGCGAGACGACACGGACAACCAUGUCACCCCGCUGGCCCAAAUCCCCAUUACUCGACGAGUCUCUCCUGGAGAGGCCGACUAGUCCUGCGCCACUUGGUCUGACGGAUGAUCCCAACUUUCUCAGGCGCCAGCUCCGCACCUCGGAGCAGCGUGUGCUGGAGCUGGAAAGCCAGUUCACGAACGAUAAGGACCUGCAGAGUCUCAGCCAAAAACUGGAGGAGAAGCGGAAGACGGUCUCCGUGCUUGAUACUCAAACUGAGAUUAUGAUUCGGCAGCUUGAAGUUCUGGCGGGAUUCGUCGAGAAGGCAAAGGAGACAAAGCGACCGAUUGACCCGCGUGAGCUCGAAGAAUCUGCGCUGCGUGACUUCGUCGCCAAGCUCGAAAAGCUGAAGCAAUCCAUGACCGCAUCCUUGCAGCAGCUCCACGCGGAGCGAGAUCAGGUUUUGGAAGAGAAGAUCCGGGCUGUUGCUGAUCGUGAUCGUGCGCGACAGGAGUUCGAGCAGCUGGCCUCCAAGAAUGCACAGCUCGCGGAUCUGAACAACGACCUGACCCAUCAGAUCCAAGAGAGAUUUCGGAACAACUCUGACGGUCGCUCUCCUGGCCCGAACGGCCUUGGCAUCUAUCACCAGCACAAGGGCACAUCCAAUGCCUCCAUUAGUCUGGACAAUGCUAGUAUACACACUGGAACGACUAUGGUGGCUGCUGACAACGAUGAGCCUAUUCUUGAGUCUGGGCCGACUGUCAUCAAAAUUGGCAAGGGCCAGGUCAAAAAGUUUAACUGGAAGAAGGGUUCCAAGGCUGUUGCUCAGAACAUCGCAAAGGGUAUGAACAGGACAGCGGCUGCCUUCCAGCAGCCAGAGAGAGGCCACGGCAUGGCAGGCGACAACCUCGGAAUGCCGUACAACAUGACCGUUGUUCCUGUCGAGUCACCGGUCGUGCCAGCUUCAAACCAGGCACCACCGAUCCCGAACCGGCAUCAGCAGGGUGAUGGUGGUCGACAAGGAUUUUUCGGCUUCAAGAAGUCCGCCACAAUGCCACGGACUGUGAUGGGUGGACCCAACAUGUCUACGCACGAUCUGGCCGAGCCACCGACAGUACUGUUCGGCUCCGAGCUGGCUGAUCGUGCCGACUACGAGCGGCGUCAGAUCCCAUGCGUUGUCACACGCUGCAUUGAAGAGGUCGAGUUGCGCGGAAUGGACAUGGAAGGAAUAUACCGCAAGACUGGUGGAAACUCACAGGUCAAGAUCAUUCAGGAGGGGUUUGACAAGAACGAGAACUUUGACAUCUCGGACCCUGAUUUGGACAUCACCGCCGUCACUAGCGUGCUGAAGCAGUACUUCCGCAAGCUCCCCAACCCGCUGCUCACGUACGACAUCUACGAUCAGGUUUUGGAGAUUGGCAAUCUUCCAAAUGACACAGAGAAGUGCGCUCAUCUUCAGCGCGUCUUCAAUGAACUCCCUCGCCAGCACAAGGACUGCCUCGAGUUCCUCAUGUUCCACCUUUCUCGGGUCGCUUCGCGUGAGAAAGAGAAUCUGAUGACCCCCAAGAACUUGGCCGUAGUCUUCGCCCCAACGAUUAUGCGGGCGACCGCCGUGGAGCGGGAGAUGACCGACAUGCACGCCAAGAACCUCGCCGUGCAGUUUAUCAUUGACAACAGUGCCUACAUCUUCUCCUAGGAGGGGGAUGUGUACUAUUGGCCAUGCCCGGAUCCUUCGACAUAUCAGUGGCGGCUCUAUGUGAGGCAUCUUGAGAGCGUAGCGGCACGCAGGGUGCGGGUCAGCAGACGCCGCGCAGCUUCGUCCAUUGCGAGCCUGGGAUCAUAUUCGCGAGCUGCGCUGCACUAGAGUAGAGGGUGGUUUUGGUUU